UUUUUAAGGGCACCACAUAAAGUUCCAAUGAAAAACAAUUUUGGUACAGAUGAAAUAGAAGAAGGAUAUGGAUGGUGGUUUAACACAGAAGAUUAUAUAUUUAAAGCCAUUAGUCCAAGCAAUUUAGCUGUAGGUUUUGAAAAUAGUCUAGCUUUAGUUGAAAAGAAAUUCCAGGAAUGUGGACCUUUUGAUGGCAUUUUAGGCUUUUCACAGGGUGCAGCUUUUGUUACACUACUUUGUUUUAUGCAGCAAAAAAAUUUGUUACCAAUUAAAUUUGAUUUUGUAAUUAUCAUAUCAGGGUUUAAGUCAAUGUGUGCACCUCAUGCAACAUAUUAUGAUGGGAAAAUAAGCAUACCAUCUUUACAUAUUUAUGGAAAGACUGACCAAAAAGAAUAUUAUAAAGAUUUUAUUAUUGAAAUGUUAAAUAAACACAAAAAUAAUUAUUAA